AUGGAUAAAUUACCGUCUGACAACUCAUCUACUGGAUUUGCUACAGCACCACUGACAUCAACAGAAGCACGUACUCUUAGAGACGUCGUACAUAGUUCAAAGCAUACAGGUAGAAACUAUGGUAGUUUGGCAAAAUCACAAUUACAACCAACAUUUUAUAUUUCUCAUAAAGUUGAAAUGGAUGAUACAUUACAAAGACUUGCAUUAAAAUAUAGUAUUAAUACUCAAGAAAUAAAACGAAUUAAUAAAUUGUGGUCAGACGCUGAAUUACGUUUACUUCCAUAUGUAUACAUUCCAGUUAAUUCUACGCAAUUAUCAACACUUCAAACUAUAUAUCCAUCAUUAGAUAUUCUUCAAAAUUUGCCUUCAUUAACAGGUCAACAUCGACAAGCAUCCAUAACCGAUGAUAAAACACCAUCAUCAAUGCGUUCAUCGGAUAGUUCAACUUCCAUUCCAACAACAAAUACAUCAUCUUAUCAUGAUUAUUUCUCUAAAAUAGAUCAACAAAUACGACAAACAAAAAAAUCUUUACAAUCUUUAGAUGUUAAUAGACAAGAUCCAAAUUCGCAAUCAAAUUCUAAUACUAAUGAAAUCAAUUCAAAUCAAACAACUAUGUGGAAUAAUGAACGGCAUAAAGGCAUACAUCAUCUAUCUGAUAAUAGUGCAUUCGUUAAUAUAACAACACAAAAUUCUCGUGAAAAAUAUAUAUCAACUGCACUUCAACGUAUACAACGAGAAAAAGAUAAUUUUGAUGAACUUUGA